GAUUCUCAGACGUAGUAGUGUAGUGUUUAUUGAUAUGAAAUCAAUGAUUUAAAGCAGGCAUGGGGAACUUGUGGCCCUCAGGAGGGUCACAUUUCCCUGUCCCUGGUUUAAAGUUACGAUACACCCUUAAGGCGAUGAAGAGCCAAAGAGAUUACAGUUAACAUUUACAAGCCUAUCUGAACCACUUCUAUAACGUCAAUUAGUGUGUUGAAAAUCUCAGGAAAUUGUAGGUAGAAGCUUAUUAUUUCAGCUUGGCAUUUGCAGUUGUUUUUCUAAUUAGAAAAUUCCUGCCAGUGCCUAUAAACUCAAAUGCUACCCGGUUAUAAAAGUUGGACUGUAGCAAACACAGCUUUUACACUUCAGCAGUGGAACGACUUGGAGGGGUCAGUUGAGGAUGUAAGCAAACAGCUUAGGAAAGGAGCUCCCGGCUUAGUGGCUGCAGCAUCUAAACCUGUCCAAGAGACAUAAUUCCCUCCCGACAACCCCUCCCGAAAGGAACAACGUGCAAACAGAGGCAUUGAGCUGUGUUUGCCAGAUGUGUUCUUAGUAAGGUAAAGGUUCUUAGUGAAUUGGGCCUUCCAUCAGUCUCUGGACAGUGGGCACUUGAAACGCAGAAGGAAGUGUCUCACCUUUAACUAUAUAUAUAUACACACACACACAUAUAUUUAGCUCUGAGAGUAGACCGUAGAGGAGUAGCCUUGUUAGAGUGUUUAUACACUCCCACUCCUUGGCUCAGUUUGACAGCAGAACUACAGGGAGACUCUCUAGACAGUCAGGCUAUGUGUGUCCGAGUGAAAGUGUGGGGGUCAUUCUGAGUUGACCUCCAAAUGGAACUCCGGCUGGUGACACUGCUGUUGUUUCAAGCAGUUUGGAAUAGUGUUCUUGGGAAGAACCAUUCUGUACACAAAAGAGGCCUGCUUGAGUUAUCUGGAGCCAUAAAGUGUGGCACAAGACGAUUUCCUUUGGCCUAUUUAGGUUAUGGAUGCUACUGCGGCCCAGGAGGAAGAGGAUGGCCUAAGGACAAAACAGACUGGUGCUGUCAUGAACAUGACUGCUGUUAUGGCUUCGCGGAGGAACAAGGCUGUAACCCCAUAAUACGUCGAUAUAAAUGGACCUGUAAUGACAAUACUGUGGUAUGUGAUACAAUGUUAGACAGAUGUCAAAAAAUCAUAUGCCAAUGUGACAGAGAAGCAGCCAAGUGUUGGAGAUCUGCCCCCUUUAACCGACGCUAUGCCUUCUGGCCAAAUUUUCUGUGUGGUCAAAUUUACCCUGUAUGCAGUUAUGGGAAAUCUGGCCAGCCUUUCAGAAAAUGAAGUGCAGAGAUUUGCUUGUAUCAUUGGAUAUAUCAGCACUG